AUGCUUCAAGUCUUUCUCUUCAUGCGCCUGAAUAGGAGGGUCAUUCCUCAGAUCGAACUCAAUUCUGCGCUUUUACUGCUUUGGGGUGGCAUUUGCGAAGGAGAGCUCGAACGAGAUACGUUUUGGAAGUCUCACAAUUUCGAAGCCCAAGCAAAGCAAAAGCCUUUUCAUCUCUCUCGACUCCCGUGUCCCAACACCACUACCAAGAUGAUGAAAAACACUGCUCUCCUGUCAACUCCUACCUCUGGAGGACGCACAGAGUCUUUCUUGACUCGGUUCUUGAUGCAGGCUCAACAGCGGAGCAACAUGAUGGCUUCGCCUGCUUCAACAGUCUCGCCUUUGGGAAAAACCCCUCGCACUUGGACUGUUGACACCGCUCCGGCAGCAAUGGGCCUUGCCGCGUCUCCAUUGGGAAUGAAGAUUGAUGGGCUCCUAUCUUGCUCUUCCACCAUGCCGGCCACGAAUGCUGGUGAAGCGAAUCUCCACCAGCCGAAAGAAGAAAGUCUUACGAAGGCUUCCAACCUUAACGAUGACGACUUCUUCCUCGAGUACGCCAAGACGUACAACCCAGAGAAGAUCAACAAGAAUGAGCCAUUCCCCCUCAAGUUGUACCGCAUUCUUCAUGAAGCAGCAAAGAACAACCAAGACGACAUUAUCUCUUUCUGCCCCAGCGGACGCAGUUUUAUGAUCCACAGUAUUGAUGAAUUCGUCAAGCAAAUCAUGCCCAAGUACUUCACCUCCAAUCGUAUGACUUCCUUUCAAAGGCAAUUGAAUCUCUAUGGAUUUCGCAGAAGGCUCAGGGGCGAGGACAAGGGAGGAUUCUGGCAUGAAUUUUUCGUUCAGGGUCAACGCAACCUAUCCCUGAGCAUCAAGAGGAAGGUUCAAAACUUCAAGGUGCCUCCUCACCUCCUGGCGGGUCACCCAUCUUCCCCUCCUACAGUCCCCAAGAUUCCAGCGCAACAAGAACAAAAGACUCUCUUUUCUCCUACUCCCAGUCCUACCCAGAUGUUUGCGGCCCAAAGUGCCGUUUUGAAGGGUGUGCCAAACAUGGCUGCACUUCCUUCCCGCAAACCUACUACAAGCAUCCACGUCCCAUCGGCGGCUUCGCCUUCACUGCGAAGCACCAUGAUGAGAAAUGGAUUGCCUCCACUUGCCCCACCAUUGGGACUCGGAUUGCACGGCGAGAUCGCCCCGGUCAGCCUGAUUGGCCGCACCGCCACUCCCGCCACGGCCGAACUCCUCCAGCUCAACCACAAGAUCAGACUGGCCAGAGAGCGUGCCGCCAUGAAGCAGCAACUUGCCCUUGCUGCCAUUCACAGACUUGUCAACCGUGUCGAUUUAUAG